CGGGUGGCAUCAUGGCUGGACUCACAGGAGCUGUUCUGCUCGCCUUUGCUGGUGUGGCGCGGGCACGAUUUGCCGUGGCCAACACAACGACUGCCGUCUUCACUCAGGCACCGACAGACACCACAACGGCGCCCGAAGUUACUCGAGCUCCUUCUACCAUUGCACCACCGCCGGCAGUGACCUGCGGGACCACCACCUUUCCCAACAUUGUCUUGCAAGAGUACACGGGACUCUCGACGGACCCGGCCUUGCAGUGCCAAUGCUUGAUAUCGGUCAACAACUGGCUGUCUACGACGGCUCCUCCUACAAGGACUUUGACCCGAACAAUCGGUACAGGCGUGACGACCUAUACUACAGCGAUUGGGAACACCUCAACCGUGGUCACGACGGUUCUCAAUACUGUUGGAACCCAAACCGUCACCGGCAACUUCAUUCUGCCAGAUUUGAAUGAAUGGUACGGCACAGCCCAACCGCCAUGCUGCUACAGCUGUACCAUUGGAGCUUCGACUGUGGAAGUCUUCUUCUUUGGCUCUGCCACCGCCACUACUGGCUCCGAAGUCCCCGUUACGUCCUUCACCUCUAAUGGAGUGGUCUUUGAGUCGCCCUCCGUGUAUGUGGGCUUCAGCGCUCUCUCGGCAGUCGACUACUGCGGAACCGUCGGCAAGCCCUUCUUCAACACCACGAUUGCCUUUGCGCCUGACGAGCUGUCAACCAUCACCUUCGAGCAAGUCACGGGGACGCCGGUGACUGUUGGGACAGUUGCUCCGGAUGGCACCGGGGUUGAGUCGAUAAGCACGCCGACGUUUUGGUCACCUGCUGGAUCGGCUGCCUUGAACACCGCCGACCUGGAGAGGAACUGCUCCACGAUUGCCGGAUACACGUACAUCCCUGGCAAUCCGUCUAAUUCCGGACUCGCUUCACCCGAUCCAUGCCACCCUACGAUUGUGAUUCCAGACAGAGUUCGCUCGCUCGAUCCGGCCUGGAAGAGCUGUAUUACGGAUGGUUUAGCAGGAUUCUACGAUCCCCCUUCGGCACUCACCUCUGUGACCGCCCUGAUUCCCACAACAAGCCAGCCGCCGCCCACGACAACGGCUCGUAGCCGUCCUACGACGAGCGUUGCGCGGCCAACCUCGACGCCGCCUCCGCCUCCACCACACACGACGACUGCGGCUCCUCCCCCUCCUCCUCCUCCCCCGGCGUCUUCGUCCCACUCUAGCGCAGGUGGCGGUAACGGUGGCAGUGGUAAUGGAGGCGGAAAUGGAGGUGGCAACGGAGGCAAUGGAGGCGGCAGUGGUACACCCCCAGAUGGAACCAACGACUCCGGCGGUGAUGGUGGCAGCGGUAAUGGAGGCAAUGGCUCCGGUGGUAACGGCUCCGGCUCCAACGGCUCUGGAGGCAACGGUUCUGGAGGCAAUGGCUCUGGAAGCAAUGGUUCAGGUGGUGAUGGCGGCAACUCUGGCGGCAAUGGAGGCAAUGGCGGUAACCCUGGAAGCGGCUCAGGCUCUGGAGCCGGAGACUCGUCCACCACUCCAGAUGCGGCUUCUCCCACGUCGGUUCUCACCGUUGGCUCGGCGACCUUUACGGAAAACCCUCAGUCCGAGCUCGUCCACGGCUCUACCACAUUGAUCCCCGGCGGUCCUGCAGUUACGGUGGGCGGCACCACGGUCUCGCUGCCCGCUUCACCAUCUUCACCCGCCAACAGUGCCACUGCGCCAAACUCUGAAGUCGCCUCUUCUACUCCUGGCUCUGAGACCACUCCUGGAUCUGAGACCACUCCUGCGGGAGAGACUGGCUCUUCUGGUUCUGAGACCACUCCUGCUGGAGAAACUGGCUCACCCGGCUUCCCAGAGACUUCGAUUGCCGGAUCCAGCACUGCUGGAGGCUCUGACAGCACUACCGCGGCUUCAUCAGGCCUUCCAUCACAAUCGAUCCCUACCGUCCCUGGAAGUGCGGCGGCCCCGGGCCUGAUUGCCGGCGCGAUGAGAAGCGUCAAGGCCGUUGCAGUGGUGAUGCUUGUCGCAUUGUUCAUCUAA